AUGCGGCGGCGUUACGAGGACGACGGCAUCUCCGACGAUGAAAUCGAAGGCAAGAGGACGUUUGACCUGGAGGAAAAGCUGUCCACCAACAAGUUUAACUCCACCUUCGUGGUCUUCAUGGAAGGCAAAGACUUCACAGUGGAAUACAUCCAGCGAGGUGGCCUGAGAGACCCUCUCAUCUUCAGGAGCUCUGAUGGCCUGGGGAUAAAGAUGCCAGACCCCGACUUCAGCGUGAACGAUGUGCGGCUGUGUGUCGGGAGCCGACGGAUGGUGGAUGUGAUGGAUGUGAACACUCAGAGGGACAUUGAAAUGUCCAUGGCACAGUGGGCACGUUACUAUGAAACCCCAGAGGCUGAGAGGGAGAAGCUGUACAACGUCAUCAGCCUGGAGUUCAGCCACACCAAGCUGGAGAACCUGGUGCAGAGACCCGCCACGGUGGAUUUGAUUGACUGGGUUGACAACAUGUGGCCCAGGCACCUGAAGGAGAGUCAGACAGAGUCCACGAAUGCAAUCCUGGAGAUGCAGUACCCAAAGGUGCAGAAGUACUGUCUGAUGAGUGUCAAGGGCUGCUACACAGAUUUCCACGUGGACUUUGGUGGCACUUCUGUGUGGUACCACAUCCACCGAGGGGGAAAGAUCUUCUGGCUGAUCCCUCCUACCCCCCAGAACCUGGAGCUCUAUGAAAACUGGCUUCUCUCAGGGAAGCAGGGAGACAUCUUCCUGGGGGACAGAGUGUCAGAGUGCCAGCGCAUCGAGCUCAAGCAGGGCUACACAUUUGUCAUCCCCUCAGGUUGGAUCCAUGCUGUGUACACUCCCAUGGACACACUGGUUUUUGGAGGCAACUUCUUACACAGCUUCAACAUCCCUAUGCAGCUCCGGAUCUACAGCAUCGAAGACCGCACACGGGUCCCCAAUAAGUUCCGUUACCCCUUCUACUACGAGAUGUGCUGGUACGUGCUGGAGCGCUACGUCUACUGCAUCACCAGCCGCUCCCACCUCACCAAGGACUUCCAGAAGGAGUCCCUCAGCAUGGAUAUGGAGCUGAGCUCCUCGGACUCGGUCAACAUGGAAGAGGAGGAGGAGGAGGAGGAGGAGGAGGAGGCGGCAGGGAAGGAGCCCAGGCGGCCGGUCACGAGGCGCUCGGUCCUCACCAGCCCCAUCGCCAACGGGGCCAACGCCGACUACGACGAGCUGGGCAGGAGCUGCAGGAGCAGCCUCCCAGCCCUGAAGAAAACCCCUUCCAUCGACUCCUCCUCCGACUCCAGCCGGGGCUCCCAGAACGGCCAAAGCUGCGACCCCAGCGGCGGCAGCCCGCGCAAGAGCAGGAGGGUUCACCUCACCCAGUUUGAGCUGGAGGGGCUGCGCUGCCUGGUGGACAAGCUGGAGUCUCUCCCUCUGCACAAGAAGUGCGUCCCCACCGGCAUCGAGGACGAGGACGCCCUCAUCGCCGACGUCAAG